AUGGCCGGAGAGAAAGGGACUGAAAUUCGAGAUGAUAAACCAAUGAGUUCAUUAACACUUGGUUAUCAAAAUCAACAUCACAUGGGCGUUACACUUUUUGAGCACACUGUCUAUUUGCUACGCAUUCAAUUGGAUUGUUCGUCACAAUUAAGAACUGAAUUAACUGAAACUGGUUGUAACCUUGCUCAAGAUGUUAAUGUUUGGCUUGAUCUAAAUGAUGAUGAACAUUUCGAUCAGUCAGAAGUUGGGGCUCCUUAUCGUUGGCCCGUUACCAGUUACAUGGCAGAAGGUAUCUACGAUAUACAAUUACACGUACCAACACUUGAUAGCGGAUAUGUUAGAAAUAGACCACAUCGUAUGCAUAUUACUAUUGUUCCAAGCGACUAUUAUCAAAGACAAUGUGGCUAUUAUGUAUUCAAUGAGACACGAGAAUAUAUGGUCACUAUUAUUCCCAGAAUGAAAUAUUCCGGUAAGCAUUCUUCUGUUAUAGUACUGAAUGAAAAAUGA